AUGGAAGACGAUUUCGAAGAUCUUCUACGUGACACGGAGGAUGUCGAGUUUGAGAGUCCCGAAAAGCCUUCAACGGCUAAAUUACCUCAAAUCAUAUUGAACAUUGAUGAAAGAUCUAUCCCAAGUGCGAAUGAAUUGAGACUGGGUAAGAAAGUGUUUGAUCUGGAAAAGGAGAGGGAUGAUCUAUUGGCCGAAAUAUCGUCAUUGAAAAAGGUGGUAUCACUCUCAUCACACCCAACGAUCCCUAUCCCAAUUUCUGAUCCAACGACAACGAAAACGAUAACGGCAACGACAACGACAACAUCGAUUGCGAAUCCCUUCUCUACAUCCUCACCUGCCGUGUCUAAAACAAAUACGAACUCAAAUGAACCUAUUGAAAUCCCACAAGCUUUAAUACCGAUAUUAUCAUUACUUCGCAAUCAUAUUGAAAAAUUAACAAGGGAUAAUCAAUCUUUGAGAUAUACAUUUUUAGGGCCCAAUCCACCUUCAAAAGGAUCUAUCAAAACCACUCAAACUCCUCAAAUAUCAACACCUCUCCCUAUCCCUGUGCCCUCCAAUGUCCCAACUCCGUCAAUCGGCGUUGGGUCCACGAAUCCGAGUUCAAAUUCAGCUGCUAGUUCAUCCAAGUUUACUUUGGAUAUCGAUAUGGCUUCCAAGAUCCAGAGUCCAGGAUUAAUGUCUGCACCAACGGCUCAAAUGUCCGGAGCGGGCUCGACGGGACAAACGAAUCAGUCGUCUGGGCCCAUACCAGCAAACACUGUAAAUGAUGAAAAGGGACUUCCAAUUCAAUUACAGCAACAACAAGUGGAUUUGGAAAAAGUAUUAGAUAGAGUUAAAGAACUGAUCAAAGAAAAUGAAGAAUUGGGUGAAAUGGUACUGGAAGCUGGUAAGAGAGAUGAAGAGAAUUGGGAACAAACUUUAGAAGAAUCGAGAAAUGUAAUAACAUCAUUAGACUCUGACCUAUCUCAUCAUUUGAACGUUGUCCAAUCACUUCGAAAAGAAUUAUCAACGUACAAAUCUCAUUUCGGUUCAAUACCAACUCCUUCUUCUUCUGCCUCUUUAUCAGCAUCAGCGUCAUCAACGACAUUAUCGAUUAAUCCACCUUCCAAACAUCCUCAUGCGGCAUCGUCAACCUCUUCGACACCCACUCGUCAUUCUGGACCAAGGGAUGAUAGGCAUAGGAACGAUAGAUCACGCCAUGAUCGAGAUCGAGAUCGAGAGUCCGAUAGACAGUCAGAUGGAGGAAGGAGAUUCGAUAAUCCUUCGGCGGGACCUAGACAUGGUUCUGGAAGAAGAGAUGAAAGGCCUCCAGCUUCUAACGGUACGACCAGACAACAGGGCUCAGCAUCAGGGUCAGGGGAGAGAGGAGGGAAAGGUGAUGAUAGAGCUUAUAAGAGGAGAAGAUAA